GGGGCGGGCAGGCGCCCGCUUCCGGAGAGAGAGAGCGCGGGAGCAAGAUGGCCACUACCAAGCGUGUGCUGUACGUGGGUGGACUUGCAGAGGAGGUGGACGACAAAGUUCUUCAUGCUGCUUUUAUUCCUUUUGGAGACAUCACAGAUAUUCAGAUACCUCUAGAUUAUGAAACAGAAAAGCACCGAGGAUUUGCUUUUGUUGAAUUUGAGUUGGCAGAGGAUGCUGCAGCAGCUAUUGACAACAUGAAUGAAUCUGAACUCUUUGGACGGACAAUUCGCGUCAAUUUGGCCAAACCAAUGAGGAUUAAGGAAGGCUCUUCCAGACCAGUUUGGUCAGAUGAUGACUGGUUGAAGAAGUUUUCUGGGAAGACUCUGGAAGAGAAUAAAGAAGAAGAAGGCUCAGAGCCUCCCAAGGCAGAAACCCAGGAGGGAGAGCCCACAGCAAAAAAGGCCCGGUCGAAUCCUCAGGUGUACAUGGACAUCAAGAUUGGGAACAAGCCAGCCGGCCGCAUCCAGAUGCUCCUACGUUCAGACGUCGUCCCCAUGACAGCUGAGAAUUUCCGUUGCCUGUGCACCCACGAGAAGGGCUUUGGCUUCAAGGGAAGCAGCUUCCACCGCAUCAUCCCCCAGUUCAUGUGCCAGGGCGGCGAUUUCACCAACCACAAUGGCACUGGGGGCAAGUCCAUCUACGGGAAGAAAUUCGAUGAUGAGAACUUUAUCCUCAAACACACAGGACCAGGCCUGCUCUCUAUGGCCAACUCUGGCCCAAACACCAAUGGCUCCCAGUUUUUCCUGACGUGUGACAAGACAGAUUGGCUGGAUGGCAAGCACGUGGUAUUUGGGGAGGUCACAGAAGGCCUGGAUGUCUUGCGGCAGAUUGAGGCCCAGGGCAGCAAAGAUGGAAAGCCAAAGCAGACGGUGAUCAUCUCUGACUGUGGGGAGUACGUGUGAGAGGCACGUUCUGUGCGCUGCCCCUACUCUAGGAGCAGUCAGCCUGGGGAACCAGCACACAAGGGUGUCCCGUUAAGCAGGGGUCUGUGUCAUGGCCCUUCUCAGGGUCAGCUUGGAGCAGCUCCUCUGCAGGCAUGGCCUGGGUUCUUCUGGCUCUUUCCCAAGCGAGACUGUGGGCCUGGGAGCCAGCGCAGGCACCAAGCCACUCUCCCCACUGUGGAUGGCUGUGCAUAGCUGUUGCAGCUUUGCUGCCAGGGCGUCUCCUGGGCCCACCAGUGUGUCUUCUGGAUGUUUCCUGUGGUAAAAUAAAUUCUAGUUCCUAUGCUGCUGCCUCCAGCUAGUUCCUGGGAAAUGUCAGAGGCUGCGUCUAUGGCCAAGGUAGGCUGGUGAGGGAGUAGGGCAUAGUGUCUUCCCCAUAGCGUUUUUUUCCUUCCUUGGAUGUGUUCCCUGAGAUGCCAGGGGCUGUAUCUUCAAGCUAGAUAUCCUUGUCAGACCAUUGUCAAGACAACGGAAAUCAAAGAUAUUGGGAAAGUUCCCAUCUGCUGCCUGUACUCCUAAACUCAAGCUGUUCAGUCAUAGCCAGCAAACAUACUUAUCAGUCUCAAUGAUUCAUUUAUUUAUUCAGUUUUAUUCUACAGAAUUUAAAAAAUGAAACUUAUAACUCAAACUGCCUUCUCUAUGCCAGGUACUUUGCUUAUUUGUCAGACAGGAGGUCAGCACAUUAUGCAGGCUUAAUCCAGCCUGCUGACUGUUUUUAUGAAUAAAGUUUUAUUGGAACACAGCCAUA